AUGGAUAUACUCCUUCCUCAGACACAAGGUGAAUUAGUAUACAUUUAUAUUUCUGCUCGUAAUCUUCGAAAUUUGGAUCAUUCCAAUAUACUAGAUUUCAGAUGCCGUGUAUACAUUAAGGAUGAUUUCGUAGGGGAAACUGAAGUCUCUAAAUCUUCACUUGACCCUGAUUUCAAAUAGCCCAUCCCAAUCAUGUACAAGUUUAACAAAAAAUAAAAACUGACUUUCCAAAUAGUGGAUGCUGAUUAAGAAUUGUCUAAUCAAUUGAUUACUCAAUCAAAUCAAGCAGCUCUUGUUGGAUCAUGUAAAUAACCUCUAGCUAAACUGAUGGGAGCUAGAAAUUCAUUGAGUCAACUCCAUCUAUUGAAGGGCGAUGAAAUGGUUGGAAAUAUCAUUAUUCACGUCACCAAAAAAGGACCUUAAAUAAUUGGAUAAAAAUAGCAAGGACCCAAAGUUACGGAAAUAAAAUGGCGUUGGGCUGGUAUCAAUUAAAUUUAAUUAUAAUAGGUGUCAAAUUGCUUGACUUAGAUUUUUUCACUAAAUCUGAUCCAUUCGCUAAAUUUCAUUCAGUCAAUGGUGAUUAAAUCGAUUUGAUUCAUUAAACUGAAAUCAUCAAAAAUAAUUUGAAUCCCAAUUGGAUGGGAUGGGAAACUACCGAAGAAUAAGCUUUCAAGCAUUCAAAGUAACUCUAUGUAGAAGUCAUGGAUUACGAUAAGUUAGGAUCUCAAUAGGUUACAAUAAAUUUUACCAUUAGAUUGGACAUGUGACUAUUGACUACAAUGAAAUCAAAAACAAUAAAAGAGCAGAAUUUCCGUUAUUGACUCCAAAUGGAAAAAAUGCUGGUACAUUAAAAUUAGUAGAGUUGGCAAUAAUUGAACCACCUAUUGAAGUUGUGGAAAUUGUGUAAGAAGAACCAAAAGACCCUACAUUUCUAGACUAUCUCAUGGGUGGAUGGCAAAUGUCAUUGACAAUAGGUAUUGAUUUCACAUUUUCAAAUUAACCCAUCACUAAACCUGAUUCCUUACAUAAAAUUGACCCAAAUAAACUCAAUUAUUACCAAUAAGCAAUUAAGGUAAUUGGGGGAGAGAUUGUCGCAUUUGAUUAUGAUAAAGAAGUGCCAGUUUAUGGAUUCGGAGGAACACCUAAGCUUCCUACUUACACAAAGAAUACGAUGGAUGAUUGUUUCCCAUUAAAUGGAAAUAAGGAUAAACCAAAUUGUUAGGACAUUAAAGGAAUAUUGGAAGCGUAUGUCAGUGCAGUUCCUUAAAUUGUUUUUUCAGGACCCACAUUCAUAGCAAAUGUAUUGAGCAAGGCACAUCAAUUUGCAGUAGAGAAUGCAAAAUAGAAUAUAUAUACAGUAGCAAUGAUUCUUACUGAUGGAUAAAUUGAGGAUCAGUAAUUUCUCCUUAUUAUUAUUAUUUAGAGAUGAUGCAAUCAAAGUAUUACUACAAUGCCAGACUUUGCCAAUGUCCAUUGUUAUUAUUGGAGUGGGAGAUGAAAAUUUUAAGUACAUGAAAUAGUUUGAUGAUCCUAAAUUCCUUAAGAAACAUGCUAAAGAGAAUCAAACAAUCAGAGACAUCAUUCAAUUUGUUUCAUUUUAAGAUUUUAAGAAUGACAUUGAAUAGAUGAGUUCAGCUGUGUUGGACCAAUUACCCAAACAAUUCAUGGACUACAUGCAUGUCAACAACAUUCUACCUGUGAAAAUGUCGUCAGUUCACAUUAGUAAAGCAUUGUAAUGAUAGAUCA